GUGAGCAUGUGCUCGCAGAGAGUCCUCACAGCGGGGGUUUUCUCUCUCUCUCUGACCCUCCUCCUCCUCUGUGUCACUCUCUGUCUCAGGAUGGGUGAAGCAGGAGGAAACAAACUGACCUCUGUGGACUUUGAGAUCUUCGGAAACGUUCAGGGAGUCUGUUUCAGAAUGUAUACGGAGAAGCAGGGUCUGCACCUGGGUCUGGUGGGCUGGGUGAAGAACACCCACGGUGGGACGGUGGUGGGACAGGUGCAGGGUCCCACUCACAAGGUGGAGGAAAUGAAGGUGUGGCUGAGUAAAGAAGGAAGUCCGAGCAGCCGCAUCACCAGAUUCUGCUUCUCCAACCAGAGAAACAUCGACAAGCUGGAGCUCUCCGGAUUCAAGACGCGCUUCUGACCAACGAAUCAAACGCACCCAAGAGAGCUUCUCCUGUCCUCAGAGCAGAAACACUGAAAGACACCGACAGUGGUUUGAGUUUAGAUUGUAUAUCCAGGUGUACUGAGAGUUUGAUUAUGAGUAGACUUCUAAAAGGAACAAUAUGUCCAGAUAAAUGAGUCUACGGUAAUCAUUUAUUCGUAAUAAAAUAAAAAGA